AUGGCUUGGUUCAGUGGGAAUGUGAGUAACAUCACACUGGAGAGCGCGCUGUCCGGUGAUGAGCCUCGAGACGAGCGCUUGGCUCAGGUGGAAAUAGCUCUUCUGUCCAUCAUCUUCAUCACGGCAGGGAUCCUAAACUUUGGGCUCUUGUUAGUGCUGUGGAAGCGCAGGAAGCAGCUUUCCAGGAUGCGCGUCUUCGUUUUCCACCUGUGCGUCGCCGACCUGGUGGUCACAUUCUUCCAAGUUUGCCCCCAACUCAUGUGGGACAUCACUGACAGGUUCAUCGGUCCGGACAUAUUGUGUCGCGUGAUCAAGUACCUGCAGGUGGUCGGGAUGUUUGCCUCCACCUACAUGAUCGUAGUGAUGACCGUGGACCGUUAUCAAGCCAUCUGCAACCCCAUGGUAACUUUCCAGAGGCGCAGGGCGCGCUGGAACGGUCCGGUGUGCGCAGCCUGGUGCGUCUCCCUCAUCGGCAGCCUCCCGCAGAUCUUCAUCUUCUCUCGGGUCGAGGUGGCUCCCGGUGUGUACGAUUGCUGGGCGGAGUUCAUCAAGCCGUGGGGACCGAGAGCCUACGUGACCUGGACGACUUUGGUCAUAUUCAUCCUGCCCAUUCUCACCGUGAUCGUGUGCCAGGUGCGCAUCUGCCGCACCGUGCACAUCAACUUCCACAUGAAGACGCACCACGCCGGAGAGGCGGCCAGCAAGCCGCUGUCCUCCAGGGCCAGCAGCGUGGCGGGAGUGUCCAAGGCGAGGGUGAAGACGGUGAAGAUGACCGUGGUGAUCGUGCUCGCCUACAUCAUCUGCUGGACGCCGUUCUUCACCGUGCAGCUCUGGUCCGUGUGGGACGUCGAGGCGCCCACUCAGACUGCGACCUUCACCAUCUUGAUGCUGCUGGCCAGUCUCAACAGCUGCGCCAACCCCUGCAUCUACCUGCUGUUCUGCGGGAAGCUGCCCAAGAAACUGGUGACCCUGAUGUGCACGGGUCAGCCCGAUCUGAAGGAGUCCAUACAGGAGGAGGCCACCAUGGUCAGCUCUCUGUACAUCAGCCUCAAGAACCUGUCAGACUGCAGAUAAAAGUCUCUGACAUUCUGUUUCUCAGUUCAGGCUUUUGAUCUGUUGAGCAUGGUGUAACAAAAAAUGACAAAGACUCACUGAAAUCCUCUAUUAAGU